AUGCCUCCUCCAAAGGCGUUAUUAACAAAUCCUCCUCGAAGUAUGACUCCUCCGAAGGCGUUAUUAACAAAUCCUCCCCGAAGUAUGACUUCUCCAAAGACAUUAUUAACAAAUCCUCCCCGAAACGUUAUUAACAAAUCCUCCCUGAAGUAUGACUCCUCAAAAAACGUUAUUAACAAAUCCUACCCGAAGCAUGCCUCCUCCAAAGGCGUUAUUAACAAAUCCUCCCUGAAGUAUGACUCCUCCAAAGGCGUUAUUAACAAAUCCUCCCUGAAGUAUGACUCCUCAAAAAACGUUAUUAACAAAUCCUACCCGAAGCAUGCCUCCUCCAAAGGCGUUAUUAACAAAUCCUCCCUGAAGUAUGACUCCUCCAAAGGCGUUAUUAACAAAUCCUCCCUGAAGUAUGACUCCUCAAAAAACGUUAUUAACAAAUCCUACCCGAAGCAUGCCUCCUCCAAAGGCGUUAUUAACAAAUCCUCCCUGAAGUAUGACUCCUCCAAAGGCGUUAUUAACAAAUCCUCCCUGAAGUAUGACUCCUCAAAAAACGUUAUUAACAAAUCCUACCCGAAGCAUGCCUCCUCCAAAGGCGUUAUUAACAAAUCCUCCUCGAAGUAUGACUCCUCCGAAGGCGUUAUUAACAAAUCCUCCCCGAAGUAUGACUCCUCCAAAGGUGUUUUUAACAAAUCCUCCCCGAAGUAUGAAUCCUCAAAAUACGUUAUUAACAAAUCCUCCCCGAAGUAUGACUCCUCCAAAGGCGUUAUUAACAAAUCCUCCCUGAAGUAUGACUCCUCAAAAAACGUUAUUAACAAAUCCUACCCGAAGCAUGCCUCCUCCAAAGGCGUUAUUAACAAAUCCUCCCUGAAGUAUGACUCCUCCAAAGGCGUUAUUAACAAAUCCUCCCUGAAGUAUGACUCCUCCAAAAACGUUAUUAACAAAUCCUCCCCGAAGCAUGCCUCCUCCAAAGGCGUUAUUAACAAAUCCUCCCCGAAGUAUGACUCCUCCAAAGGCGUUAUUAACAAAUCCUACCCGAAGUAUGACUCCUCCAAAAACGUUAUUAACAAAUCCUCCCUGAAGUAUGACUCCUCAAAAAACGUUAUUAACAAAUCCUACCCGAAGCAUGCCUCCUCCAAAUGCGUUAACACAUCCUUCUCGAUGUAUGACUCCUCCGAAGGCGUUAUUAACAAAUCGUACCCGAAGUAUGACUCCUCCGAAGGCGUUAUUAACAAAUCCUACCCGAAGUAUGACUCUUCCAAAAACGUUAUUAACAAAUCCUCCCCGAAGUAUGACUCCUCCAAAGACGUUAUUAAUAAAUCAUCCCUGAAGUAUGACUCCUCCAAAAACGUUAUUAAUAAAUCCUACCCGAAGCAUGCCUCCUCCAAAGGCGUUAUUAACAAAUCCUCCCCGAAGUAUAACUCCUCCAAUGACUUAUUAACAAAUCCUCCCUGA